AUGUUCAUUCCGACUCUUGUGGUUCUCUUGCUGUUUUGUCCUUGCCUUAAUUCUGCUGAACCUAUUGAGCUAACGGACAAAACAUGGAAAAAGAUGCUCAGUGGACACUGGAUGGUUGAAUUCUAUGCACCAUGGUGUUCCGCUUGUCAAAAGUUUCAGCCGGUAUGGAAUGACUUCUCAACUGCAACCUCGUCUCAAGAUCUUAACGUAGCUUCGGUUAAUAUAGAGCAGUACUCUAUACUCUCCAGUCGCUUUCGCAUAGCUCAACUACCUACUGUUUUCUAUGUUCGCAAUGGCGUUUUCCGUAAAUACGAGGGUGAGCGUUCACUAAAAGCGUUGAAAGCUUAUAUCAACAAUGAAGAAUGGCAAAAUACAGAACCAAUUCCAUCUUAUCUUGCACCAAAUGGCUUCUGGAUGUCUUUUACCGCAUCAUCCGCCAAUGUGCCUGAACUUGUUAAGGAUUUUUUUACAUCAUUACAAGACGAAUACGGUUUACCAAAGUGGGUUGUUUAUCCACUUACUUGUUUAGCAGUCGUUUUCGUUGGUGCUGGUUUAGGAACUGGUAUCGUAUCUUUCCUCAACACACUUUCAGUGAUUGUUUCGAAAAUUUUCAAAAAGAAAUCAACAACACCGAAUGAGAAAACAACGGACACAUCGUUGUCCGAAGCUGAUCAUACCGAUGAUAUUGAAAACAAAGAUCAAACGAUUCGACAGCGUCGAUUAGAAACCUAA